UUUUAUAGGAAGAUUCAUAAUGGAUCUCUGCUGGCAGCUCCAUUAUGAUGUCACUUAUAGGUAUAUCUGUUGCCAGAUAAGCAAUUCCAAAAGUGAUGUUCACUCCUGUGUGGAGGUACCAGAAAGCCAAGGCUCAAAAGCUAAAACAAUCACUGCUACAGAGGUGUGAUACGAUGAAGGGAAGAUCAAAGGGGAUCCAGAGUCUGAUGACGCAUAUUUGAGGGAUAGUAGGAAGAAAAUCUCCUGAUCAAUGAUGUUAACUCUUAACAAAAGAGAACCUCACUGGUUGAAUUACAAUAGCAGAUAAGAGGGUAAAAAUAGCAAUGUGAGAUUCUUAAACCUGUGUUUGUAAGUUACACAAGUAACAACAAUACCUGAAGUUAGACCUCAAUCAAUUCAUUCCUGCUAGUUACACUGGAUAACAAAAAGAAUUUUCUGAAUCGACCCUAAUAAACUACCAUUUCCAAAGCACCAACUAUGUGCAAGAUGCUAUGCUAGUUGUAGUGGAAAAUGUAAAAUAACAAUAAUAAGACCACAAAACGUGGUCCCAGCCUUUGGGGGAUUUUUAAAAACUUAUGCGACAGCAUUGAUUAUGUGUGAAAUGAAAGAGCUAACAAGAUGGGGAGACUCUCAUGCCCUAAUUGGAAGCAUGUUAUUGGACCUAGUUGUAGACUGGUAUGAUUUGGGAAACUUUUCAUUCACUCUUUACACAAGGAAAGACUAGUUUUCUUCCUGUUUCACCAACAAAGUAAAUAAAGAGCAUAUUUUCAUCAUCAUUGCCUUACACUUUUAAAAGUAGAACGGUAGCUUAUAUGUGAAACAGAAGGCUAGAUCAAAAUAAAUUUCAUUGUCAAAAGCAAAGAAGGUCUUUAAAGGAGGUGAAAAAAUCAAGUUAAUUCAUUUCUUAAUUACUGGCCUUAAAGAAUAAAUUGAAUAUCUUGAGAAAAAGAACUCAAAAAGCACCUCAGAUUCACAGGCAAAUGCAAAUAAAAAAACCACAACCACAACGAAGAACCAACACCAAUCAGAGCGCUGCUCCUCGUGGGCCCUUUCUGAGGAUUGGUAGAAACUGCAUUUUUUAAUCUCGGCUUUCAUGUUUGUCCAAGAUCUUUAAAGGGAGGAGAAAAAAGAGAGAAAGGCAGGCACUGUAUAAAAGAAGCACCCUUGAGGUUUCUAAAAUUUACACCAAAACUUCAUAGGUGAGGACGCUCACCAGAUUUAACAUUUGCACUUUGGUGAUGGACCCAGAAGGUACUUCAGUUUAUUUGGAUUAUUACUAUGCUACAAGCCCAAACCCUGACAUCAAGGAGCCACGCCCCCAUGUUCCUUACACCUCCGUCUUCCUUCCAGUCUUCUACACAGCAGUGUUCCUGACUGGAGUGCUGGGGAACCUUGUUCUCAUGGGAGCGUUGCAUUUCAAACCCGGCAGCAGAAGACUGAUCGACAUCUUUAUCAUCAAUAUGGCUGCCUCCGACUUCAUUUUCCUUGUCACGCUGCCUCUCUGGGUGGAUAAAGAAGCAUCUUUAGGACUGUGGAGGACGGGCUCCUUCCUGUGCAAAGGGAGCUCCUACGUGAUCUCCGUCAAUAUGCACUGCAGUGUCUUCCUGCUCACGUGCAUGAGUGUUGACCGCUACCUGGCCAUUGUGUGGCCAGUCGUGUCCAGGAAAUUCAGAAGGAGAGAUUGUGCAUAUGCAGUCUGUGCCAGCAUCUGGCUUAUCUCCUGCCUGCUAGGGUUGCCUACUCUUCUCUCCAGGGAGCUCACGCUGAUUGGUGAUAAGCCAUACUGUGCAGAGGAAAAACCAACUCCUAUUAAACUCACAUGGUCCCUGGUGGCCUUAAUUUUCACCUUUUUUGUUCCUUUGUUGAGCAUUGUGACCUGCUACUGUUGCAUUGCGAGGAAGCUGUGUGCCCAUUACCAGCAGUCAGGAAAGCAUAACAAAAAGCUGAAGAAAUCUAUAAAGAUCAUCUUUAUUGUCGUGGCAGCCUUUCUCGUCUCCUGGCUGCCCUUCAAUACUUUCAAGCUCCUGGCCAUUGUCUCUGGGUUGCAGCGAGAACUCUAUUCUCCCUCAGCCAUUCUUCAGUUUGGCAUUGAGGUGAGUGGACCCUUGGCAUUUGCCAACAGCUGUGUCAACCCCUUCAUUUACUAUAUCUUCGAUAGCUAUAUCCGCCAGGCGAUCGUGCACUGCUUGUGCCCUUGCCUGAAAAACUAUGACUUUGGGAGUAGCACUGAGACAUCAGAUAGUCAUCUCUCUAAGGCUCUCUCCACCUUCAUUCAUGCAGAAGAUUUUACCAGGAGGAGGAGGAGAUCUGUGUCACUCUAAAGGGAACUGUGACAUUUCGAGCUCCGUGGUGGGUUAAGGAGUUAAUUUUUGUCAGCCACAAAGAAAGAAGUGUUAAUGAUAGGAUCCACAUUGCUUCAUAAUGCAAGGAAGAGUUAAUUUUUAAAGCAAUCAAGUCCACCAGACAAAAUCCAACUCCCAUCUGUCCUUAAACUCUUGGAUAAAGGCUCCAGCUUGAACCAGUCCUUUUCUUCAUGGUUGUUAAUGGGCAUUUGGGCCUUUCCUCUUUGAAGAACCUUGGUACCUUCAAUCCCACCAUCCUUCAUACUGAGCUCCAAAUUGGACUACGUUGAAAUGAUUCUGCCUACUUUCAUCUGAUGAGAAAUGCAGUAACAAUGCAGGUAACAACAAUAUAAUAUACCUGCACUCUGUAAUUAAUUGUUUCUGAGUUACUAAGCUAGAUUCUGACCUCAAUCUUUAAAGCUGUAUAUAGCGAUUCUUCAUGAUCUUCCAACAUUGUGCUUCAUCCUAUGCUUAUUCACAGUGGCUUUGGACUGGCAAAAAAAACCUCAUGGGGAUUUUGUACAGUGUAUGUGAUUUUGGACUUCCUUUAUCAUGCGGUCGUCUAGUAUUUUAACACGUAAGCAUAUGGCAAGAUUCGACCUCUGUUUGCUUUAUAAGAUAUUGAUAGAAAUGUGUCCCAUUCAUAAUGGUGUAGUAACUAUUUUUUAAUGGGGUUUUACUAUGCUCUUUUGUUUUCAUUGCCUUUAUAAAUUAGGAUUUUACUUUGCUUUAAUUACAUGUUUUUAAUUACCCAGUUAUCUAGUUAUCACAGGAAAAUGUUGUUACUAAUAUAAUUGGAACUCAUCAAAUGCUUAGCCCUACUCCUGUGCAGAUUAUCAUUUUGUAUUUUAAUUAAAAUGUUGGUGCUACGCAUUCCCUAUACCAUCAUUUGCUUGGUGCAUAUAAUUUCAAGAUAAGAUCCAGACUACUCCGUAUUCGGCAGAAGUAGAAAAUCUCUAACAAAGAUGUCAUUAGUAUUUUAUAUACGUUUUGUCCAUACCCAGAAACCUUCUUGAAUUCCUUUACCCAAUAAAUAUUUAUUGAGCCCAUUUGUAUCUAUAUUCUUUUUGAAGACUUUGAUGUGAAAAACAUGUAAUCAGUGGCAACCACAGAGACUGCAGCAGCAAGCGUGCUAUAUAAACAUCUUUGAUUCAAGAGAAAGAGCGUUAUGUUUUUACCUCCACUGUUGACUUGAAUGAAUUACCGUCUUACUUCUAAAUAUUAGGCUUGAAAAUCACAAAAAACUUAGAGUUCUUUCAAAAACUAGCCAAUUUAAUUUCAUCCCAUGUAUCUUUCACAUUAAGAGAAACUUCAAAUAUUGAACAUCUCCCUGUAACCUAAUUAGAAGCUGAGAAUACAGUUUUUGGUUUUAUAAAUUGGCUAACUUGUUAACUUUUCUUAAACUGUUAUUAAAUAAAAAUAUCAUUUCCUUACAUAA